CUUCCGGUGAGGUCACAGACAGGCUUUUCCUCUGCUGUUCUUCCCCGGGUUUUCCACGCGUGUUUUACUUGACGUGGGACAUUUUGAUUUCAGAAGUAGAAACGUUUGAAUUUGUGAAAUAAUUAAGUUUAUAAUGCGCUUCGUCUAAAAAAAACGCCGUAGUGAAGGGAGAGAAGGCGGUUUAAAAAGGGAGAAAAGAGGAAGCAGUUAGCGACCAUCUUUAUAUCUUCUGCCAGAAACAACAAGACACACGCUCAGACUGUGGAGAAAGACUGAAUUCAGUCUGGAUUUAGUAUUUUCCACAGCUUCCUAUAGUUCCGAACAGUUUCAGCACAUAUUCUGGGGUGAAUUAAACCCACUCCUGGCUGUUGACGGUGGCUCGUAUUCCAGCUGCUCUGGAACACUCCUCUCCCGCGGCAAACCUGGAAGUUUUCGAUCACAAGCCUGGCUUUGAGGAAUUUGUUUCCCCGUUUUUUACAUGUUUCCAACAAGUUUAUCUUCCCCUAACCCUCCAGCACCGCCAACCCAGGAGGCAAGAGCUACGGCCGCCGAUGGUGCCAUCACUUCGGCCAGGAAGAGGAAAAUAAACGGCCCGGAGCGGGAAGAAGCCGCCGACUCCAUCUCCUCCUGCUCCUCCUCUUCUCCUCCAAAAACACUCGGUUCCCCCUCCUCGUCCUCUCCCACUCAGCUGCAUCUGCACAAGAAGCUGAGGUUCGAGGAUUCCGUGGAUCUGAUUGGACUGGAUGUGAAAAUGGCUGAAGAAGCUGCUGCUGCUGCUGCUGCUUCAUGUUCCAACAACAGGAGCAGUAAAUCCAUGUUCUUACCCGGAACCGUUCCCAUCCACGCCAAUGGACUUACCAAGACUGUAGGCUCUGCUGGUACUGGUACCUUUUCUAGCAGUAAACCUGGAGCUGCCAAGAAACUGGUCAUCAAGAACUUUAGAGAAAAACCCAAGUUGCCGGAGAACUACACUCAGGAGACGUGGCAGAAGCUGAAGGAGGCAGUGGAAGCCAUACAGAAUAGCACUUCAAUCAAGUACAAUCUGGAGGAACUCUACCAGGCUGUGGAAAACCUCUGCUCACAUAAGAUUUCUGCCAAGCUUUACAAACAGCUGAGGGCUGUGUGUGAAGAUCACAUAAAGGCCCAGAUCGAUCAGUUCAGAGAGGAUGCUCUGGACAGUGUGCUGUUCCUCAAGAAGAUCGACAAGUGUUGGCAGGAUCACUGCAGACAAAUGAUCAUGAUCAGAAGUAUAUUUCUGUUUCUGGACCGAACUUAUGUCUUACAGAACUCCAUGCUACCGUCGAUCUGGGACAUGGGCCUGGAACUGUUCAGAUCCUACAUCAUCAGUGACCUGAAGGUUCAGAAUAAAACCAUUGAUGGGAUUCUGUUGCUGAUAGAGCGGGAGAGAAACGGAGAAGCCAUCGACCGCAGUCUGCUGAGGAGUCUGCUGAGCAUGCUGUCCGACCUGCAGAUUUAUCAAGACUCUUUUGAACAAAGAUUUUUGGAGGAAACAAAUCGUCUGUAUGCUGCAGAGGGGCAGAGGCUGAUGCAGGAACGAGAGGUGCCAGAGUAUCUUCAUCAUGUGAACAAGCGUCUAGAGGAGGAAUCAGACAGAGUCAUUACAUAUCUGGACCAGAGCACACAAAAACCACUCAUUGCUACUGUGGAGAAACAGCUACUGGGGGAACAUCUGACUGCAACUCUGCAGAAAGGUCUGACUCAUCUGCUGGACGAGAACAGAAUCCAGGAUCUGUCUCUUCUGUAUCAGCUCUUCAGUCGCGUUAGAGGCGGUGUUCAGGCUCUGCUGCAGCACUGGAUCGAAUACAUCAAGGCUUUUGGGAGCACAAUCGUCAUCAACCCCGAAAAGGACAAGACCAUGGUCCAGGAGCUGCUGGACUUCAAGGAUAAAGUAGAUCACAUCAUUGACAUCUGCUUCAUGAAGAACGAGAAGUUUGUCAAUGCCAUGAAGGAGGCAUUUGAAACAUUUAUCAACAAGAGGCCAAAUAAACCUGCAGAGCUGAUAGGUGAAAAGAGAAAAUCAAUAUACAUUGUCCUUUUAAUGCUGCUUUAUAAAAAGGAUGUGGCCAAAAGGUUGCUGGUGGGAAAGAGUGCUUCUGUUGACGCCGAGAAAUCCAUGUUGUCAAAGCUCAAGCACGAAUGUGGAGCUGCUUUCACCAGCAAAUUGGAAGGAAUGUUCAAGGACAUGGAGCUUUCUAAAGACAUCAUGGUUCAAUUCAAACAGCACAUGCAGUGUCAGAACAUUCCGGGAAACAUUGAGCUGACCGUCAACAUCCUCACCAUGGGCUACUGGCCCACCUAUAUCCCCAUGGAGGUUCAUCUCCCUCCUGAGAUGGUGAAGUUGCAGGAGAUCUUUAAGACCUUCUACCUUGGGAAACACAGUGGCAGGAAGCUGCAGUGGCAGUCAACGCUGGGCCACUGCGUUCUUAAAGCUGAGUUCAAGGAGGGUAAGAAGGAGUUGCAAGUCUCACUAUUUCAAACCCUGGUUUUACUGAUGUUCAAUGAGGGAGAGGAGUUCACACUGGAGGAGAUCAAACUGGCCACGGGAAUAGAGGACAACGAACUGCGCAGGACUCUGCAGUCUCUGGCCUGCGGAAAAGCUCGAGUCCUUGCAAAAAUCCCCAAAAGUAAAGACGUGGAGGAUGGAGACAAGUUCUCUUGCAACAACGACUUCAAACACAAGCUGUUCAGGAUCAAAAUCAACCAGAUCCAGAUGAAAGAAACGGUGGAGGAGCAGGCCAGCACGACAGAGCGGGUUUUCCAGGACCGUCAGUAUCAGAUUGAUGCUGCCAUCGUGAGGAUUAUGAAAAUGAGAAAAACACUGAGCCAUAAUCUGUUGAUGUCGGAGGUUUACAACCAACUCAAGUUCCCCGUGAAGCCUGCAGAUCUGAAGAAGAGGAUAGAGUCUCUAAUCGACAGAGAUUACAUGGAGAGAGACAAAGAAAACUCUAACCAGUACAACUACGUGGCCUAACGGCAGCAAAAGAGAUGGUGACAAUAAACAGGGGGAGGUCGUCCAGUCCAGAUGGUACAGUCCAGUCCAGCUCAAAGCAGUUCCGAGUGAUCACUUUUUGCUCCAGUGGAUGUUCACGUUCAUCAUCUUCAACCUAACGAGUAAACAGUGGGGGAGGGUUGGGGGGUCCAGCUGGAUCUUGAAUCCUGUCGGAUCCUGGAUCCUCUGCAGGUGUCUGUCUGAUCAGACACUGAUCCUUGAACUGCAUGAAAACAGAACUGUCAGUAAUUAGUCUUGGUGCCUCUGAGGGAGACGUGUCGGUCUGCUGUGGACAGUAAAGACACAGAUGGUGUUCAAUUGCCCUUUUUCUUUCUUUCUUUGUUUUUGGAGAAGAAAACGUAUUUAUUUUCAAACCCAGAUCCUUUGUCCAUCGUUUAACCUAAGAUACUUUAUAUCCAUCCAUGUUGCUUUUCUUAUUAUGUUCAGUUUCCGAGAUAGUCACAAAACUAUUCGACGCUCCAAGUGAACUAAGCAAACAAUUUUGAGACUGACAUGAUUUUGUGCAAAAACGUUUUGAACCCAUAACACAAUCGCUCUGUGCCAAUCCGAAAUAGCACUUCUUCCUGUUCAAGCUGCUAAAAGACUUUUUCUAGACUUCAUCUAUUUGAGUUUGUUUUUCUUUUUGAUGUGUUUGUACAUAAGUCAUUUAAGCAGCAAAUCCCAAGCUUUCUUAACGUGUUGUGAAAACGCAACGCUCUCGCCAUUGUUCACUUCGACUAAUGUGGUGUCAAAUCCCUUUCGUACACUAUUUCAUCAAAACUCUUAUUAUUAUUUGGUUGAAGUAAAGUCUGUGAGGCUGGUAGGAAACCUUCAAACCAGGCGGAAAACAGAAUGGUUUGACAUGUUUGUACGGCUCUGUUAGAUUAAUGGCUUCAGAUUAAAACAACUGUUUGAAUCUG